AUGAACAACGCCGGCGGCCAAUAUCCUGAUUUUCCGGCGGUGCAGACGCACGGAGGACAGUUCAUAAGCUACGAUAUCUUCGGUAGUUUAUUCGAGGUCACAUCCAAGUACCGUCCUCCGAUUGUUCCAAUCGGUCGAGGCGCAUACGGCAUCGUUUGCUCUGUGUUGGAUUCGGAGACGAACGAGCUAGUGGCGAUGAAGAAGAUAGCCAACGCCUUCGAUAAUCACAUGGACGCCAAGCGUACACUUCGCGAGAUCAAGCUUCUUCGUCAUCUCGAUCAUGAAAACAUCAUAGCUAUAAGAGAUGUGGUUCCUCCACCACUUAGAAGACAGUUCAGUGAUGUUUAUAUCGCCACUGAGUUAAUGGACACUGAUCUUCAUCAAAUCAUCAGAUCCAACCAGGGCUUGUCUGAGGAACACUGUCAGUACUUCUUGUACCAGCUUCUUCGAGGGCUCAAGUACAUCCACUCGGCUAAAGUUAUCCACAGGGAUCUAAAGCCUAGCAAUCUUCUCCUGAACGCCAACUGCGAUUUAAAGAUCUGUGAUUUUGGUCUUGCUAGACCCACUUCAGAGAACGAGUUUAUGACUGAGUAUGUUGUUACCAGAUGGUAUAGAGCACCUGAGCUUCUGCUGAACUCAUCCGAUUACACUGCUGCUAUAGAUGUUUGGUCUGUUGGUUGUAUCUUUAUGGAGCUCAUGAACAGAAAGCCUUUGUUCCCUGGUAAAGACCAUGUCCAUCAGAUGCGCUUAUUGACAGAGUUGCUUGGCACACCGACAGAAUCAGAUCUCGGUUUUACACACAACGAGGAUGCCAAAAGAUACAUCCGGCAACUUCCCAACUUCCCUCGCCAGCCGUUAGCUAAACUGUUCUCUCAUGUUAACCCGUUGGCCAUUGAUCUAGUUGACAGAAUGUUGACGUUUGACCCCAACAAAAGAAUCACUGUUGAAGAAGCUCUGAAUCACCCGUACCUAGCCAAGUUGCACGACCCGAAUGAUGAGCCAAUCUGUCUAAAGCCAUUCUCUUUCGACUUUGAACAACAACCUCUAGACGAGGAACAGAUAAAAGAGAUGAUCUACAGGGAAGCCAUUGCACUCAAUCCAACAUAUGCUUAG